AUGGCCUCCAUCCGUGAAAUCGCAACCGCAGAAUCCCAUGCUCAACCCUCCUCCAACAACUGCGCCCUCUGCUUUGACCCCCUCCUAAUCCCCAACCCCUCCGACGAAGGCCCCGCAAUGAUCAUCGACGACGUCGAGCUCCGCUGCUCGCAUCAUUUCCACUGGAGUUGUUUUACAGAGUAUGAUGCCGACGGAAACGAUAGAACGCUGUGUCCAGAGUGCGGGGAGACGACACUCCAGCGUGGCGGACAAUUAUUGGUAAUCGUCCGUAACGAAGGCGGAGUCACAGCCGGCUUCGACCUCGGCGCCGCCCUCGACGAAGAGAAAUUCUACGACGAUAACCCCGCCCUACGUCGAGAAAUGGCCUUCCUAAACAUGAUCUCCAUGUCCGAACUCGAAGCCGCACAAGAGCUUCUCGAGGAAGGUGUUGAUGUUGAUUGUAGGGAUUCGGAGACGGGUGGGACGGCAUUGCAUUUGGCUGUUGUGAAUGGGGAUGAGGAGGGGAUUAUGAUGUUGUUGGGGUAUGGGGCGAGUAGGGAGGUUAGGGAUUCGAGUGGGAGGACGCCGGCGGAUGUGGCGAGAGAGAUGGGGGCGGAGGCGGCGUGGAGGUUUUUGCAGCAGCAGUAAAGAGCCAUGAAGGUUCUUGAUUGAUGAGGCUGGAGGAUAUCCGGGUAAAUCAAGGCCAACUGGAUUGGGGUUAUCGAUAGAAGCAGGGUACCGUAGAGGUUACGAUUGAUAGAAGAACGCGUGGACUGCACGAUAUAUUUCGCAGUUGAGCGGAUUAGACAUCGUACUCCCUGAUCUUUCUAUUAAAUAUUACUGGACAGCUUGCCGGACGUUUCGCACGAUCGAUGCAUGGG